AUGUCAUCUAUUAACGUUACGAUUAAUCAAAUAAAUACAGCAACAACAAUAAGUGUUAUGGUUUUAUCAUUUUUUAGUUUUGGUUUUGGUGCAAUUGGUCUUACGUUAAACAUUCUUGUUUUUAUGCGUCCAUUUUUACGUCGUGAACCAUGUGCAGUAUAUUUUUUCUGGUCAACAUGUUAUAGUUUAUUGGUUGUAUUUGUAAUUAUGCCUAUACGUAUUCUUUCAGAUGGAUACAAUAUAGAUAUUUCUACAUACAAUAUUGUAAUUUGUAAAACAGAAGUUUAUAUUUUUCAUGUCAUUCGUACAAUAUCCUGUUGGUUAAUUGUAUUAGCGUCUAUCGAUAGAUAUUUCAAUAGUUCAGCAAAAGUUCAAAUUCGUCGAAUGAGUUCACUUAAAAUAGCACGAAUAGCAACAGCAUUUAUCAGUAGUCUCAUCAUUAUAUUAUAUUCACCUAUGAUUAUUUAUUAUGAUUUAACCUAUUCGACUAAUGGAUCUGGUAAUAUUGUAUCAACAUGCAAUAGCAGAAAAGGUAUUGAUCGUUCAUUCGAUGUAUUCUGGUAUUUGAUUUUAUAUUCUCUUUUUCCAUCGUUAUUAAUGCUUCUCUUUGGUUUUCUUACAAUUAUAAAUCUUCGUCGACAUCGUCAAAUUGUUCCCGUAGGUCCUGGAAAUAAUUCAGUUGUCCGACGUACAGAUACUCAACUUUUACGUAUGUUAAUUACUCAAGUAUUUGUUAUUAUCAUUUUUACUUUACCAUUCUGUAUUGUUCAAAUUUACGGAUGGUAUACUGCAAGUUUAGUCAAAGAUGGACUUCGACUGGCUGUAGAAAAUUUAAUAUAUCGAGUUACAGGUACAAUACCCUAUUUUGCACACAUAAGUAGCUUCUAUAUGUAUACAUUAACUGGAACUAUUUUUCGUAAAGAAUUGAUCAAGAUUAUGAAACGAUGUUGCCAUUCAAAUCAAAAUCUUAUGCCAGUUACUCAAGCUGAAACACAUAAUAUGUCUAUGUUACGUAGCAAUCUUUAA